AGAAACCUCAGAGGCUUGGACAGGGUCACCAUCCUGAAACCAGCUGCUUUGGGCAGCUUCCGUUCUGGUCAGGCCUAACCUCUGUGCAGCUCUGAGUGUACCGCUGACCACCACGGCUGCAACACAGAGCACAGGAUGGAGUCCCAAUGGCGUGGUGCUGCAGCUACCGCCUUCCACCAACGCUGGCUAGCCCGGCUGCUGCUGUGGGUCUCAACCCUGAGCUGUUCCUUCUCCUUGCCAGCUUCUCUCCCUCCUUCUCUGGUACCCAGAGUCAGAAGCAGCUACACUAUGGGAAAGACAUUCCUCGGUCUUGAUAAAUGCAAUGCCUGCAUCGGGACAUCCAUUUGUAAGAAGUUCUUUAAAGAAGAAAUAAGGUUUGACAACUCACUGGCUUCCCACCUGGGACUGCCUCCUCAGGACUUGCAUUCUUAUGCUGCAAAUUACUCAGAUGACUCUAAAACCUGGCGCCCUGUGGAGAUUUCUCAACUGGUCAGCAAGUACCAAAUUGAGAUCUCUGACAGGAGGAUCUGUGCCUCUGUAUCAGCACCAAAGACCUGCAGCAUUGAGCGCAUCCUUCAGAAAACAGGGAGGUUCCAGAAAUGGCUGCAGGCCAAGCGCCUCACACCUGACCUGGUGCAGGGCCUGCCCAGUCCCUUCCUGCGCUGCCCUUCACAAAGACUCUUGGACCGGGUGGUUCGACGAUAUGCUGAAGUAGUCGAUGCUGGCAGCAUCUUCAUGGACCACUUCACUGCCGGUGACAAGCUGCGUCUCCUCUACACGCUGGCUGUCAAUGCACACCCCAUCAUCCUGCAGAUCUUCCCUGGAGCAGAAGGCUGGCCAAUGCCCAGGUACCUGGGCUCCUGUGGUAGAUUCCUGGUCAGUACCAGUACCAGACCACUGCAAGAAUUUUAUGAUGCCUCUCCAGAGCAAGCUGCUGACCUUGCCUACCAACUCCUCAGGGUCCUGGAAUCCCUGAGGAGCAAUGACUUGAACUAUUUCUUCUAUUUCACCCAUGUUGAUGCAGGCAUGUUUGGCAUCUUUGACAAUGGGCAUCUGUUCAUCCGGGAUGCCAGUGCGCUAGGCAUCAUCGACAAGCAGGAAGGCAGCCAAGCAGCUGCCAGGACUGGAGAAAAUGAAGACAUUUUUAGCUGCCUGGUUUCUGACUGCCAGAUCCAGCUGUCCUCCUGUGACACUGUCCCUGAGAAGCAAAGCCUUGUGCUGGUGUGUCAGCAGCUGCUGCCUCAACUUCUCCAGGGAAAGUUUCCCUCCCCUGUGCAAAAGGAGAUAGACUCUGCUCUCAGCCUGUGUAGCAAGGAUAACAGCACAGACCUAGAAGUUCUUGGGGCUACCAGUUGGCUGAAGGACAUCUUAAGAUCUUUGAGAACCUGUGAUCCUAGAUUUGCCUAUCGUUACCCAGACUGCAAGUAUAAUGAUAGAUUCUGAGUGGCUAAAGGGACAAUCUGCAAGCUCUUCCAUGUCCUUGGUUGAAUUACUGCCAAAUUAUAAGAAGCAAUUCCAUUUUGAAUAUUUAAGUACAUUAAUUUCCUAAGAAACACACAAAACUUGUGGGGAAAACUUUGACACUGCAUAUUUGACCUCACUGGCUAGGACACCAUUGCAUAGUCAGGAGGUGGACACAGGAAGACCAGGUGUGAACACUCAAUAUCUUUGAACCUCCAUUUUCUGUAUAUUUUACCAGACUUUUGCAAGUUUCAAGAAAACAGAGGUGUAAGGAGCCCAGAAAUACAAUUGUGACCAACAAAGCAUGUUCCAGAAACACACGCAGAUAGGGCAAGUGAGAAAGUCCCAUAUUUUGGGGAGGCUGGUGUAGGUAGAGGGCAAGGUGAAGGCAGGGCUUUGAGCCAUUGGAACUCAACACCCCCAUUCCUACUCUCCUGCAUCUGCGAGAAGAGACUAUAAGCCAAAAGGAUGACCUCACCUGCCACCAGUUCCUGAACUCUCUGGGCACCUGGUAUUCCUUAUGCAUGUGCAAAAAUCACCUCAGGACAUGGAAAAGAGUCAAGGGUAAGAUGAGAAUGGGGACAACUGGGGCCAAUGUGCUUGCUUAGGUUCUCUAAAAGCAAGGGUCAAAACCCAAUUACCUGAGUUUUCUUAGAGGAUAUGCAUACAGAGAAGGUAGAAAAAGGGAAACAUGCAAAGGCUGAAAGGCAAACUCAUGCUACAGUUUGACCAUCAGCAAAAGUUAGACAAUGUAGACUUUCUGGGCUUCUACAAGACCAAGACUGAGCCAUACAUCAAAGAAAUCCCAUAUCUCCAAUGAACAGAUCCAUUUUAUUAUCCAACUGUGUUCAGCACUGGCCAGAAUAGGCUAUGGCAAGUGUGACUGCAGCUUAGUUGCAAAACCAGAUUUCAGAGCACAGCAACCUGCAGACAUUAAACAGGUUCCACUGCCAUUCUAGGUGCAGCCUGGGACCAGGGCCUGCUCUCUCUGCACCACUCAAGGAGUCCUAGAACUCUUAUCCAAAUGUGGCCUUGCAAGUCAUUAUAAAAACAUUUGUUUUCAACCAAUGGAAUACAUUUUACUAAAAAAUUACUUUGACAUACCUUUAAUGUAUUUAACUAUAUGGCUUAUGGGCCUCUAUGCAUGACAUUUUCUGCCCUCCAUAACAAUCAUAAAGGUCUCUUAGACCUUUAUUUAGCCUCACUAUAAGACCUCUACUUAUGGGAAUUGUUUGGUCUACCUCCUUUCUUCUACCUCUAAAUUAGCACCUUGGCAGUCAGAACACCUGAUUUAACAAGCCUCACUGCAUACAGAAGGAAACUGAGGCCCAGAGAGGCCAUGAUUUGCUGAGAAACUGCUGAAAUCCUCCCUACCAGUCCAUUCCCCAGUUCCUUUCCUCAUCAGUCUCAUCUAUAGAAUUCUAUUUUCAUUCACAUUUAAAGUUGAAUCUCAAAGGCCCUAUCUUGUGGUAUAUCAUGUGGCCUUUUGGUGUUGCCUUUUGACAACUGCUCCAGACAUUGUCCCAUGGCAACCACAACAGUGAGGAUAACAGACCAAGCUUAUACCAUGCCUGAGAAGCUUUAAAAUUGGUGUCCUCUGGCUGGCUGUGGAGAAUGAUGUUUGACCACAUCUCCAACCUAAGUUAUCAUGAUUUCCUCUCCCUACCGACUUGCUUGAAGUAUGUGAUCCUAGGCAUCCUACUGACCAGAGAACGCAGGGAAGGGGCUACAGUUUCAGACUCUCCAAAGAUGCACAGGAACAUAAGACUGUCCCCAUAAUCAACCCCACUCAUGUCAGGAUCAGUCUAUCUCAAUAGAACCAUUGUGUUUCCACUGAAGACUGUGAGUAACUUUGAUUUAGGAUCUACAGAGUUGAGAAAUGGAACUUAUAAUAACCCUCCUCUUGCCUCUCUACCACAUAUUUGUGGGGAAGAAAAGAAGGAGGGAAUGAGUCCUCUAUGCCCGUGGUCUGGGACUCUGAAAAAUUAUCCUUCAAAAUCAUGGAGCAGCUAAAUCUAGGAAGGAAACAGCCCUAGAUUCCUACUGAGUCAAAACAAAGAAAUCUUAUGUCCUCUUUGAUAGAGACCCAGAAGCAAGCAAAGAACAAAACUACCUGAAUACCUGCAGGAGGUGAGUGGAAGAUUUGUUUUUAGUAUGAACUAAAACAAGCACUAUGUCUGCAGUUCAGUCCAAGGGAAGACAGAUAACCUUUUAGGCAGGGCCUAACACUUUGAAGUGGCCUAGAAAUGACUCCUCAUCUAGUGGUCUUUUAUAAGAUUAGGAGGUUAAGAAGUCCUUUUCUCAUACAUUUGGAACGCAGACCUUUUCUUGCCAUCAUGACCAAAGAUCACAGACCCCCUCCUAGGUAUUAUCUCCAAGCCAUAUCCUCCCUAAUCACUCCCUGAUAUCUGUUGAUUCUCUGUCCAUCCCUACCUGUGAUAGACACAGAACAGAGCUGCCAGGCCUCCCUCCACAAGGGACACUUCUUCAUUGAGUGCAGUAGUGUAGGUUGCAGGCAGCACUGACUGUCAGCCCUUUGGGCUGUGCCUUGGUCACUCUGUGGCUUCACUUGAGGCCACACUUGUCCUGAGACAUAUCGAUACCUAGUCACUGGGCUUAUGAUGAAAUGUUUUGCCUCAAUCAUUUUGACCCAGUUAGCUACAACCCGAAUGGGUAAUUUUUAUUCCAAAACUCUACAUGCAUCAGAUCAAGACUCUUCUGGGCCUGCAACACAGUCUAACUGACCUUGCCCCUCCUUUUUCUAUGAAUUCUUUUCACAGGUGUUGACUAAAUGAGCACCAAUGAGUGGACAAAAUGGUGGCUCCACAAAAACAUGUUCACAUCUUAAUCCCCAGAAGCUGUGAUAAUUGCCUUUAUGGGAAAAGAUGUGAUUAAGGACUGUGGGACUUUCCAGGAUUGUAUAGGUAGGUCUUAAAUGGAAGCCCACGUGUCCUCAUAAGAUGGAGGCAGAGGAACUUUUGAGAAAGAAAAUCCAAUAAUGUGAAGACAGAGGUCAGUCAAGACUGGCACAAUGCAACUGAACUCCAGCAUCCAUCAGGAAUUGGCAAGGAAGGAAUCCUUCUGCCAGAUCCUCCACAGGAACUAUGAAUCUCAUGCUACCCUAAUUUCAACCCAGUGAGCCCCAAGAAUUGUGAGAGAAUACAAUUCUAUUGGACUGCACCACCUCCUUCAUAGUAAUUUGUUUUAACACUUGCAGAAAUCCAAUACACACUCUGAAGUCUACUGAAUAUCAGUGUCCAGAGAGUUCCACCUGCAACAUUCACCCACAGUCUUCUGUGAGCAAAUGGAAGAAAUACUUGAGCUAAGAUGUACUGCACUGGUAGAGCACUUGCAUAGCAAGCUGGAUCCCUAGUUUUAUCCCCCAAUACAGCAAAAGCAUGGCCUGGCAUGGGAAGUAUAGGAUAGAUCCUCAUGCAGAGCUGAAGGUUUCUUUCCUCCAAAACUCUAGACAUUACUGAAGACCCUGCUCAGUCUUAUGAUUAUUCGGAGGCUUUCUUGAUAGUUCAGCUACCAGAGAUCACUUUCUGAACCUUGUCCCUUAUGUUCUGUGCCACAGGUCUGUGCCUCAUGUUUGGUUUCAGGAUGAUCUGUGUCCUGCUUGCCAUCUAGCUCAGAGAUUCCUGAGUCGGGGCGAGAUGGAGGGAGGCAGUAAUGUGAAGAACUUUGUGUUUCCAAUAAUAAGGGAGGGCUAGACACAAAGCAGAGGCUAGGAAAUGCUCCUACUGAGACAAGUGAUUGACUUCUUUUGCCCUUCCUUACAUUGUUCAUGUGCUAUCCUGGCUACCAAUCAAAGAGAGCCACUUCUCAAUAGCCAAGAGACAAGUGAGACAACAUACAAGAGACUUCAACCAGAAUAGAAUUAUAAUCGGCUAUAUUCUACUGGCUGAGAUUUGAGUGGAGGUAUUAUUUUGCCAGUUUAUAUCAACCACACCUUUUAUCCGGUAGGCUGGGCUAUAUGAUUUGUGGGAACCAAAGAAAAAUGGAAAUGUGAGAUGGAUCUAUUCAGAAACAGCUCAUAGUUGUAAGAUGAGACAACAAAGCUAAGUUGAGGCCCUCUUCUGUGUAGGUUUCAGGCUCAUCAAGCAGGCAAGGACUGCAGAUACACUCCUUACACUUGGCAUGGAGUGUUAUUACCAUUUAUUGGAGGUUCCGUUGCCCUCCACACUCAAAGGGAGCAAGUAUAGGACAGAGGUGAAAUAUAUGCUUAAAGCUUAUAAGAUCAGACUCAGUAGAGUGAACAGCACCCCAGUCCAUGAAUCUGACUGUACAGGAGUAUGUUGAUUUCAGUGGUUUGGUAAAUAUGGUAAUUGGUGAGUCUCCUGCCUGUGGUCUUACAACACCUAAACCUAAACAUUUUCUCUGUAGUUAAAAUAAAUCCUAUGUCGUUUACUUUUUCCAGGACUUGCUUUUUGUGUGCAUAAAAAUAUGGAGGAUUAGCUUUAUUCUUGAAGAAAUAUUGUCCCCUGUAAGUCAUGUGAUGUCUCUGUUUGAAGGCAAAUUUAGGAAAUGAACAGAGGCUGUCUCCAUAGAGAAUGGAGACCCAAAAUGCCAUCUUAGAGGAAAUCCUGAUUUGUUGUAGAAAUAUUUCGUUCCAACAGGGGUUUUUACCCAGCCUUGAUCAUUCAAUUCCCUACUAAAAUAUGCACACAACCUUUAUAUGUUUUUUUAUACAACAAUAAAGCUUAAACAGCACAAGAGCUG